AUGGACAGCGUGACAGAGGCCCGACAGCUGGGUGAACUCCCACCCAGCCCGCCUCACGAGAAAGAGAUCUCUCCUCAGACGAUUAACGACGUGCUGUUGCGACUGAUCCAGGAUGCCCCAGACCUACCACUGGUAGGGUACCCGGAAAGCUCUCAUGGGGUCAGCGACUAUGUAUACUACUCUGCUCGCCAGCUGGAUCGCUUCGCCAACGGCGCAAUCGAGCAAUUGAAGAAGGCUGGACUUGAGAAGUUCUCGCACCCGACGGAGAACCGAGUUGUCGCGAUUCUCGGCGCCUCUAAUCUCGACUACAUUGUCUCCCUGUUCGCACUGACCCGAUUGGGAUACGCCGUCUUGCUGCUCUCGACCCGACUCAGCACGGAAGCUUAUGUGAAUCUCCUCGCAGCCACCAAGUGUACUCAACUCCUCUACUCCGGGUCAACCACAAAGGCUGUGAACAAGCUCGAGUCUACCACAUCCCUUACUAGUUACAAGAUCCCGGACCAUGCCGCCUACUCAGCCAGCACCCUCAGCUCGUCUCUACAGCUGACCGACAACAGCCACUUGAGUCAGAAAUGGGCGUUCAUCAUCCAUUCAUCCGGGUCUACGGGCCUUCCCAAGCCAAUCUUCCAGACCCAUGGGGCGUGCAUUGCCAACUACAGCACCAGCAAGGGAUACCGGGCCUUGCUAACCCUGCCGUUGUACCACAACCACGGCCUUUCGACCUUCUUCCGAUCGCUGUUCAAGCGCAAGCCGGUUGCGAUCUACAACGCCAACUUGCCCUUAACAGGCAAUCAUGUCCUCGAGACGAUGCGGGUGACAACCCCAGAAAGCUUCCAUGGCGUGCCGUAUGUGCUCAAACUGCUGAGUGAAGUCGAGGGCGGUGUUGCGGCCUUAGCGCAGUGCCAGCAGGUUCUCUUUGGUGGGAGCAGCUGUCCCGAUGAUCUGGGAGAUCUUCUCGUCGAGCAAGGAGUGCGGCUGAUCAGUCACUACGGCGCAACCGAACUUGGUCAACUCAUGACCUCCGAACGACCCCCGGAAGACAAGGCAUGGAAUUACGUCCGACCCCUCCCCAAGGUGGCUCCUUUUGUGAAGAUGGACCUGCUGGAGGAUGGCUCGUACGAGUGCGUCGUGCUCGAUGGUCUACCGGCCAAGGUCAGCUCGAACUCAGACGACCCCCCAAACUCCUUCCACACUCGCGAUACGUUCCUGAAACACCCGUCCAUCCCCAAUGCGUGGAAGUACUUGGGUCGACUGGACGAUCGCAUCACGCUCGUCAACGGCGAGAAGGUGCUUCCCGUGCCCAUCGAGCACCGCAUCCGCCAAAAUCGCUAUGUCCAGGACAAUCUCGUGUACGGCGUCGGGCGUCCGCUCCCGGGCCUGCUUGUCGUACCCAGCGUCGAGUGUCAAAAGAUGACAAAGGCAGAGAUCCUCGAACAGAUCUGGCCGGACAUUGCCGCAGCCAACGCAAAUGCAGAGGCCUUCAGUCAGAUCUCCCGCGACAUGGUUAUCGUCUUGGACCCCGGCUGUUCAUAUCCCGCCACCGACAAAGGGACCAUGAUCCGCAACCGGUGCUACCUCGAAUUCAAUGAUCAGAUCGAGGAGAAGUACCGGAAGCUCCAGGAAGGUGGCUCGACCGCCGCGGCAAGUCGCCGCGUCUUCGAUAACGUACAGGAGCUGGAGCAGUUCCUGCUGUCCUUAUUCCGGGACGAGCUAGGAUUCACGGAGAUCGAUCUGGACACGGACUUCUACGAAGCAGGUGUGGACAGUCUUCAGGCCAUCAAGGCACGCGGUGUUAUUCAGAAUCAAGUGGACAUCGGGUCCGCUCAGCUGGGUCAUAACGUGAUUUACGACUGCGCCAACAUUCGCAAACUGGCUGCUCAUCUCGACGCGGUCCGCACCGGGCAAGAGAGCAGCGCUGAAGACGAGCUGAGUGUCAUGGCCCGACUGAUCGAUAAAUAUUCGACUUUCGUGAGCAGACCCACUGCCGAAGAGACGGUUCUUCUUACCGGCACCACUGGCUCAUUGGGCGUUUACAUCCUCUCACGCCUCAUGCAGAACCCGUCCGUUAAGCAGAUCUACUGCCUUGUGCGGGCGAGCAGCCCCUCCGACGCGCUCGACCGCGUGCUCACGAGCCUGUCCACCCGAUCGCUGCCGAUGGUUAAUGUGUCCAAGAUCAUUGCCCUGCCAUCGCAGUUUGGCCGCGAGAAUCUUGGCCUGCCAGUCGCGGUAUUGGACGACCUGCGCCAGUCGCUCACCAAGGUCAUCCACGCUGCGUGGGCCGUCAACUUCACCCUGGGCGUGCAGAGCUUCGAGCAACAACACAUCCGCGGCGUCCACAACCUGAUCAACCUGUGCCUCUCCAGCACGCGCACCUCCCCCGCGGAAUUCUACUUCUGCUCGUCGAUCUCCGCCGCCGCCGGCACGCCUCUGCCGGCGACCAUCGCCGAGGGCCCGAUCCCGGAGCUAGCGCACGCACAGAACAUGGGGUACGCGCGCUCCAAGCUCGUGGCGGAGCGCAUCAUCCAAGCGGCGGCCGAAACGACGGGAAUGGUCGCCAAGGUCCUCCGCGUGGGCCAGAUCGUCGGCGACACGGUGACGGGCAAGUGGAACCGCACCGAAGCCAUCCCGCUGAUGCUGCAGACCGCACACACCCUCAAAGCUCUGCCGGCGCUCGACGAGACCCCGUCCUGGCUGCCUGUCGACGUGGUGGCCGAUGCAGUGCUUGAACUCAGCGGCAUUGCCACCGCCGAUUCCUCCACCUUAGCAAUGAUCUCCCGCCAUGACCCAAGCGUCGUCUACCAUGUGCAGAACUCCAGGACCUUCCGCUGGACGGAGGACCUGCUCCCCGCGCUGCAGCAAGCAGGACUGGAGUUCGAGAUCCUGCCCAAGCGGGAAUGGGUGCAGCGGCUUCGCGAAUCCGAUCCGGACCCGGCCAAGAAUCCCACCAUCAAACUGCUGGAUUUCUUCACGGAGAAGUACGAUAACGAGAACCCCGGUCGAGCCGGGUUGAGCUUCGAGAUGGAGAAGACGGAGGCGGCGAGUCCGUCAUUGAGGGGAGGCGUUGAGUUGAUCGCGAACGGGCUGAUUCGAAAGUUUGUGGAUUCCUGGCGGGGGGAGUGGUGA